CCUGGCGUAUGAUGUCAUGGCUUCAAUGGGUCUGACCAUGCUGCAAUAAAAUAUAUAAAGAUAAGAGUGAACAACAUCUCAACGGCAGAGAAAACGGGAUAUCUGUACCUAAGAAAAUGCACACAGAGAUACACACACAGAGAACGCACUGUGAGAAGCUUCGAUUCCUGGAUACGUAGACAAGGGAGAGGUGAUCUGCUACAGGACUGAAGGAGAAAAGAAGGAGAGAGUAAGAGGAGAGAAGAAGAGAAGGAGAGAAAAGAACUGAAGGCAGGAGAGAAGAAGAGAGUGUGUGAGGGGUGAAAGAAUGUGAGAAAUAGUUACAACCAAGACGAGUGAGGGAGAUAUAAAAGGAAGAAGUUGGAGAUACAUAAGACCAAGAAAAAGAAGGAAAUAAUGAGUGAGGGAGUGAGAGUCUGAGAUAGUGAAAUAAAGAGCAAAAUAAAGAGACUGAGAAAGGAGUGAAAGAGUCACAGCUGAAAAGUGAGGGUCUGAGAGAAGAGUAAGGAAAGUGAUCAAGACGUCUGUGGAGUGAGUGACUGAGAACAAAGGCAAGUGAGAGAAAGAGGAGUGCCACCCUAAUCCUCAGUGGGACUAAGCCAGUAGUGUGGUGCGAUGGCGUCGUUUGCUCUGGAGCUAGUGGGUGUGAUCCUGUCAGUGCUGGGCUGGAUACUGAGCAUAGUGAGCUGUGCUCUGCCCAUGUGGAGGGUCACAGCUUUCAUCGGAGCCAACAUCAUCACAGCCCAGGUCUACUGGGAAGGGUUAUGGAUGAGCUGUGUGUUCCAGAGCACGGGACAGAUGCAGUGUAAGGUCUAUGACUCCAUGCUGGCCUUGCCCCAGGACCUGCAGGCCGCCAGGGCUCUCACCGUGGUCACCAUCAUCCUGGGGGUCAUAGCUCUCCUCGUGGCUACCAUUGGGGCUAAGUGCACCAACUGCAUCGAGGAGGAGGGGGUGAAGGCCAAGGUGAUGGUGUCUGCCGGAGUGGCCUUUAUCCUGGCUUCGCUGACCCAGAUGGUGCCUGUGUCCUGGUCGGCUCACACCAUCAUCCAGCAGUUCUACAACCCCAUCAUCCCCUCAGCACAGAAGAUGGAGAUCGGGGCGGCGCUGUACCUGGGCUGGGCCGCAGCCGCGCUGCUGCUGGUGGGGGGGGCUAUCCUCUGCUGCAGCUGCCCUCCCCAGGAGGACAAACCCAUUACGAGGUACUCAAUCCCACCCCAGAGCCGGAUGGUGUAUUCUGCAACUCCACGGUCUGCAGCCCCCAGCUCCUACAACAGGAGAGACUACGUGUGAGAAAGGGGCGGCGGGGGGUUGGUAUUUGUGGGAUUCUUAUGUUAGAAUAUAAGGGAUUGUUUCAAAUGUUUGUUUAAAUAUACCAGGAGAAUGGGCAAAUUCUUUAACUCCUUCUUCCCUUCAUGGAAAGGGAGAUGUCUUGAGCUUAGGACGGUUUGAGGUGACCAGAACUCUGAAUCAAGUUUACUCUUAUUCCUCUGAGACCAAAAAAAAAAGCCCUUAUACACUAAUCAAAACAAAAUUGUUUGUUGUUUUAUACUGUCUGGUUUACUUUCAGUUGUCAGGGACUCAGUUGUCAGGGACUCAGUUGUCAGGGACUCAGUUGUCAGGGACUCAGUUGUCAGGGACUCAGUUGUCAGGGGCUCUAUUGUUUAUUUUAAGUGUUGUUCUGUCCAUGAGCUGUUCUUGUCUAUUGAUGUUCUGUAUUAUGUCAUGUUUUGUGUGGACUUCAGGAAGAGUAGCUGCUUCAGCCAGAGCUAUGGGGAUCUUAAUAAAAUACUAAAUACUCAUCAUAACUGAGCACUACUAUAGGCCACAAUGCUCUUAUUAACUAGAGCUAUUGUAGACUUGCAAUAUACUGUAUCUUGUCAAUACAGGUGAUUAAAUAAUAGAUAAUGUGAUUUAAAAAAAGUCACGGCUUGCUAGACCACAACCAACUUGACCUAAAGCCAGCGGUGUAAUUAAAUAAAAAAUACUUUAAAGUACUA